CGAGGUGGGCGCCGCGCUCGGCCCGGGGGCCGGCGGCGCCAUGUGGAGCGGCCGCAGCUCCUUCACCAGCCUGGUGGUGGGCGUGUUCGUGGUGUACGUGGCGCACACCUGCUGGGUCAUGUACGGCAUCGUCCACACGCGCCCGUGCGCCGGCGGCGGCGGCUGCAUCCGGCCCUACCUGGCGCGGCGGCCGAAGCUGCAGCUCAGCGUGUACACCGCCACCCGGUCCAGCCUCGGGGCCGAGAACAACGUGGACCUGGUCCUCAACGUGGAGGACUUCGACGUGGAGUCCAAGUUCGAGAGGACAGUUAAUGUCUCUGUACCAAAGAAAACGAGGAACAACGGGACUCUGUACGCCUACAUAUUCCUGCAUCAUGCCGGCAUCCUGCCGUGGCGUGACGGGAAGCAGGUGCACCUGGUGAGCCCUCUGACUACCUACAUGGUCCCCAAACCGGAAGAGGUCAAUCUGCUCACCGGGGAAUCUGCUACCCAGCAGCAGCUGGAAGCUGAGAAGAAGCCACCGAGUGCCCUGGACGAGCCUGUUUCUCACUGGCGACCGAGACUGACCCUGAAUGUGAUGGUGGAGGACUUCGUCUUCGACGGCGCCUCCUUGCCCGCCGAUGUGCAUCGGUACAUGAAGAUGAUCCAGCUGGGGAAGACGGUGCACUACCUGCCCAUCCUGUUCAUCGACCAGCUUAGCAACCGGGUGAAGGACCUCAUGGUGAUCAACCGCUCCAGCACGGAGCUGCCGCUCACCGUGGCCUACGACAAGAUCUCGCUGGGGCGGCUGCGCUUCUGGAUCCACAUGCAGGACGCCGUGUACUCCCUGCAGCAGUUCGGAUUUUCAGAGAAAGACGCGGAUGAAGUCAAAGGCAUUUUCGUCGACACCAACUUGUACUUCCUGGCGCUGACCUUCUUCGUGGCGGCGUUUCACCUUCUGUUUGAUUUCCUGGCAUUUAAAAAUGACAUCAGCUUCUGGAAGAAAAAGAAGAGCAUGAUAGGAAUGUCCACCAAAGCAGUGCUCUGGCGCUGCUUCAGCACGGUGGUCAUCUUCCUGUUCCUGCUGGACGAGCAGACGAGCCUGCUGGUGCUGGUCCCCGCGGGCAUCGGCGCUGCCAUCGAGCUCUGGAAGGUGAAGAAGGCCUUGAAGAUGACCGUGCUCUGGAGAGGCCUGAGACCCAGAUUCCAGUUUGGCACUUACAGUGAGUCGGAGAGGAAGACGGAGGAGUAUGACACUCAGGCCAUGAAGUACUUGUCUUACCUGCUCUACCCUCUGUGCAUUGGGGGCGCCGCCUACUCCCUGCUCAACGUCAAGUACAAGAGCUGGUACUCUUGGCUCAUCAACAGCUUCGUUAACGGGGUGUACGCGUUCGGCUUCCUGUUCAUGCUGCCUCAGCUGUUUGUGAACUACAAGAUGAAGUCAGUGGCGCACCUGCCCUGGAAGGCCUUCACCUACAAGGCCUUCAACACCUUCAUCGACGACGUCUUUGCCUUCAUCAUCACCAUGCCCACGUCCCACCGGCUGGCAUGCUUCAGGGACGACGUGGUGUUCCUCGUGUACCUUUACCAGCGAUGGCUUUAUCCCGUGGAUAAGAGCAGGGUGAACGAGUUCGGGGAGUCCUAUGAGGAGAAGCCUUCGCGGAAGGCCCACGCCGAAUGAGUCACCGCCCAGGCCACGUGGGGUCGGCCACCGGGCGACAGAGCUGGGUUGUCGGCUGAGUAUUUUGGAGGCUUCUGGUGAAAUCCCCGGACGUUCCAUCUUCUGCAUUGCCAAAACCCGAACGUUUCCCGUCACCUCCCGAGUCGUUUCAUGUUGUCACGGAGAAGGGCCCCGGUGGGGACGCCCGCCCCGCACCAGGCUCUGACCGUGGGCAGCACAGCGCCGGGGGGCCAGGGGCCUCGCGUGGGGCCUGUGAGCGCUCCAGUGGCUCUUCAGAUCCAUUCCUUAGAGACUGGGAUCAAAUGGCUUUCCUUUUGUUUAAAAUCGACUAUUUUAAAAGCUUCAUGUACGUAUGUUUCUACUUUAAAAUAAAUUUCUCUGGCUGUAACGUU